CACAGCUUGUCACAUGGUACAAGGCUUGUGAAUAGCCUUGUACCAUGUGACCUCUGUGAUCAUUCACAGAUUUCACACAUAGUAAGCAAUGAUGUCAGAAGUGACAUCUUGCUUACUACUUUGCAUGUGAUCACUGAUUGGCCAAUCAGUGAUCACAUGAAUAGUUGUAUGCAAGAUGUCACUUUCUGACAUCAUUGCUUACUACUUGUGAAAUCUGUGAAUGAUCACAGAGGUCACAUGGUACAAGGCUAUUCACAACAGCCUUGCACCAUGUGACCAAUCACAGCUCUC